AUGUCAAAGGAGCACCAGGGCCCCCCCGUCCCAGGCGCGCUCCAGCCGGGCGUCGCACGCGUUGGUAAGUAUCUCAUGCUCGACCUUCUCGGCGAGGGCGCUUUCGGUAAAGUACGACAGGCCGUCGAUGAGAGCUCCGGGAAGCAGUACGCCAUGAAGAUUAUGGCCAAGUCGCACAUAAAGGCGAAUGAGCUCACUCUGCAAGUGCGCCGUGAGAUUGCUGUCAUGAAGGCAAUGCGACAUCCAAACAUUGUUAACUUGCAUGAAGUCCUGACUUCCACGAAAAACUUAUACAUGGUCAUGGACCUUGUCACCGGCGGUGAGCUCUUUGACGCUGUCGCGGAGCAAGGGCGAUUAAGCGAGGCGACCACACGUCUAUACUUUCAACAGCUCGUCGACGGAAUCCACUACUGCCACACGCGACGUGUCUUCCACCGCGAUCUGAAGCCGGAAAACUUGUUGCUGUCCGGGGACAAGCAGACAUUGAAGAUUACCGAUUUCGGCUUGUCUUCAAUAAAAGCGCAGAACGCUUCAUCCGAGCUGCUGCAUACAAUCAUGGGCUCUCCACAUUACAUAGCGCCGGAAAUUAUCACAUCGGCAUCGGAAGGAUACGAGGGCAGCAAAGUCGACGUCUGGGCCGCGGGGAUCAUUCUUUUCGGCAUGCUUGCAGGCUUUUUGCCGUUUGAUGAAGUCGAUACGAAGGCCCUAUACAGAUCCAUUGUCCACAGCCCUAUUCAGUAUCCUCCACAUUUCUCUUACGACGUCAUCAAGCUGUUACGCUCGAUGUUACAAAAAGACCCCAAUAGACGCCCAUCCAUGGAACAGGUCAAAGCUUUUGCCUGGUUCAAAGUGGACUACGAGCCGGCGGUGGUACCGGAAGCAAGUCCCCCCUCGAGCACUGGAGACAAGUCAAGGAAGUCUCGGUCGAAAGCGAAGCGAAGGCACGAGCAAGGGAAGAAAAAUAAGGAGGACAAAGAAACAAGGAGAUCAAGUCUGUCAUCGUCUCAAAAGUCUGCGGAUCGGCCGAGAAGCAUGAAAUCAAUAGAAAGCACCCCGCGUCACAGCCGAGUGGCCUCGAGGCGCUCUUCAGGCCGCUCUUCGGGUCCUACGAGUGAGAAAAGCCGCGAAGGCAGUGUGUCCAGUGAGCAGCUUGUCGAAAAGGAGCAGACAAACCCUCAUGAGGGUGUUCCUUCCCAACAGGAAAUUCUGCCAAUUCAACAAACUCGUGGAAACGAAUCUGAAUCCAGUACACAGGAUCCACUUACUUUAACUGAAGAAGAACCCGUGACGGCACCAGACGAACUGCGGGUAAGAUUCUCUGUACGGACAGACAGCCAGUAUAGAAUCAGUUCAAAAGAUCUCUAUUCGUUCAGCGAGCAACAAACCUCUUCGAAGAACACAAGCGAGGGAAAUAGUCUGGCAAUUGUGCAGAGUGGUCGAAGUGUUGCUUCGGAAGGCGGACCGUGUUCUUGGUUUUCAAUGGCAGGAUCGAGUGCUCAUCAAACGGAAGACAUAUCACCGAAGGCCGAGCGCAACCUAUUCGCACAAGUAGAUGGUGCAAAGGGAGACGACUCAUGUGUAGGACCAGAGCAGAGUGAUGAGACUGGUCUGUUUGACGUGGAUGAUAUACAGACUUCAGAUGAUCCACCGAGUAGCGGCGAUGCCUUGGUCGACGAAUCACCCCACGACUUACCUUCCCCUCUGACUCCUGCAGAUAACAACUUUUCCCCGUUAAACUCUGAAAGCAUUUCUUCGUUCAGAGAAGGGAAAAGACACGGGUCUCUACGAAUCACAGGGAAUGAUAUACCAACGGCUGAGUCCAAAAUGAGUGAGUUUAUCUCCCCGGUGUCUUUACAAUCACAGUCUUCAUUCAGUUCACCACAGACAAGGGAUGCAAAUACGUCAGGGAUGCAGAGCUAUCGUGAGCUGGUGCCGACGCUUUUCCAAUCCGCAAAGUCUUUCGCACCCCUAACCUUGACCAGUCCUAACUCUACGACAACGGACAUGGAUCAGAACAUUAUUGAAGCGGACCAAGCAUUUGCAGACGUCGAACCCGAAGACAAAAGAGAUGCAUCUGCGUCGCUCUUUGCUCUUGAAGAGUCGAGUUUCCAGUCAGCAGAGGAGGAAGAGGAGGAAGAAGAUGCAAUCUUUAAACCAAUGAAAUCGCUGUUUGCGGCCCUUGUCCGACAAAAAUCAGAGACAAAACCAAGCAUUGCCCCAAGUGUUUACUGCCCAGAAGUUGACAAUGAUGCUGAGAAUGGCCCGCAAUGGUGUGUAGAUUCUGUUGAGGUCUUCGCAGAUGUGGAAGUUGAGGACUGCAAUAGGCAGUCAACGGGAAAGACGACACCUAGUCAAAAGCUAUUGGAAAUCUUAAGACAGACUCGAGCCCCACUGGUGGAAACCCCUGGGCUUUCUGAGAAUGCGGCGUCGUUCUCGACCGCAUCGCCGACUCCGAUCUUUGCCCCACUGGACGACAAGCUCGCUCUAAAACUGUCGCCAUCCGCAGAAGACAGUGAGUCGGCCCCAAGGGCGGUUCGAAACUUGCCCGUGCUCAGUCCAGAAUAG